CUGUUGGAAACUACACCGCUGACUGACGGACUGAGAGACUCCCGCUCAAGGUUGUUCCCGUCGGAGCCGCUUUCUCCUCCCGGUGCAUGAGAACGGACAGCGCGCGCGCCCCCGUCGCUCCACAGAGGUCUCUGGUGCUCCUCGUUCAAAUUUCCUGCUGUUACAUGGUAACACGGAGCUGAAGGCAAGAGGGCGUUGACGAUGGCCGUGUGGAUCCAGGCCCAGCAGCUGCUGGGAGAUGCUCUGCACCAGAUGCAGUCCCUGUACGGGCAGCACUUCCCCAUCGAGGUGCGGCACUACCUGUCCCAGUGGAUCGAAGGCCAGCUCUGGGAUGCCAUAGACCUAGAGAACCCACAGGAGGAGUUCAAGGCCAAGCGGCUGCUGGACAAUCUGAUCCAGGAGCUGCAGAACAAGGCCGCGCACCAGGUGGGAGAGGACGGCUUUCUGCUGAAAAUCAAACUGGGACACUACGCCAGCCAGCUCAAGAGCACGUAUGACCGCUGUCCGCUGGAGCUGGUGCGGUGCAUCAAACACAUCCUCUACACGGAGCAGAGGCUCGUCCGGGAGGCCACCAAUUCGGGCUCUCCGGUGGGCGGGAUGAUGGACAGCAUGUCUCAGAAAUACCAACAGAUCAACCAAGCUUUCGAGGAGCUCCGCCUGCUGACCCAGGACACGGAGAAUGAUCUGCGCAAGCUCCAGCACAACCAGGAGUACUUCAUCAUCCAGUACCAGGAGAGCCUCCGCAUCCAGGCUCAGCUGACCAGCCUGUCUGCGCUGCCCCCUGCUGACCGACAGCUCCGGGAGCCCGCCCUCCUCAGCAAGAGAGCCACUGUGGAGGCAUGGCUGACCAGAGAGGCCAACACACUACAGAAAUACAGACUGGACUUGGCAGAGAAGCACCAGAAGACCCUGCAGGUGUUGAGGAAGCAGCAGACCAUCAUUCUGGAUGACGAGCUGAUCCAGUGGAAGAGACGGCAGCAGCUGGCAGGCAACGGGGGCCCGCCGGAGGGAGGCCUGGACAUCCUGCAGUCCUGGUGUGAGAAGCUCGCAGAAACUAUCUGGCAAAACAGGCAGCAGAUUCGGAGGGCGGAGCACCUCAGACAACAGCUGCCCAUCCCGGGACCCAUUGAAGAGCUCCUCAACGAUCUCAGCAGCACUAUCACAGAUAUCAUCUCAGCGUUGGUGACCAGCACCUUCAUCAUCGAGAAACAGCCGCCACAGGUGUUAAAAACCCAAACCAAGUUCGCCGCCACGGUGCGCCUCCUCGUGGGUGGGAAGUUGAACGUGCACAUGAACCCUCCGCAGGUGAAAGCCACCAUCAUUAGUGAGCAGCAAGCCAAGGCCCUGCUGAAGAACGAGAGCACGAGGAAUGAUAGCAGCGGAGAGAUUCUCAACAAUAACUGCGUGAUGGAGUUCCACCAGACGACGGGCACUCUCAGCGCCCACUUCAGGAACAUGUCUUUGAAGAGGAUCAAGCGGUCGGACAGGCGAGGAGCGGAGUCCGUCACCGAGGAGAAGUUCACCAUUCUGUUCGAGUCGCAGUUUAGCGUCGGAGGCAACGAGCUCGUCUUUCAAGUGAAGACGUUAUCACUUCCUGUGGUGGUGAUAGUUCACGGCAGCCAAGACAAUAACGCCACGGCCACUGUGUUGUGGGACAAUGCUUUUGCAGAGCCGGGACGGGUGCCCUUCCUGGUGCCAGACAAGGUGCUGUGGCCCCAGCUGUGUGAGGCCAUCAACAUGAAGUACAAGGCCGAGGUGCAGAGUAACCGAGGCCUGUCGGAGGAGAACCUGGUCUUCCUGGCUCAAAAGGCCUUCAGCAGCUCCAGCAACAACCCUGAAGACUACCGCAACAUGACCAUGACGUGGUCACAAUUUAACCGGGAAAGCUUGCCAGGGAGGAACUUCACCUUCUGGCAGUGGUUUGAUGGCGUGAUGGAACUCACAAAAAAGCAUCUCAAACCACACUGGAAUGACGGAGCCAUCCUGGGCUUUGUGAACAAGCAGCAGGCUCAGGACAUGCUGAUGUCCAAACCCAACGGAACUUUCCUUCUGCGCUUCAGUGACUCUGAGAUCGGAGGGAUUACCAUCGCCUGGGUGGCAGAAAACCCGAACAAAGCAGGUGAGAGGAUGGUCUGGAACCUCAUGCCCUACACAACCAAAGACUUCUCUAUUCGCUCGCUGGCGGACCGCAUCAGCGAUCUCAAUCACCUCCUGUUCCUCUACCCCGACAGACCCAAGGACGAGGUUUUCUCCAAAUAUUACACCCCUCCGCUGUCCAAAGCAGUGGACGGCUACGUGAAGCCGCAAAUCAAACAAGUGGUGCCCGAGUUUACUACAGCCAAUCCAGACCCAGCGUGUGGAAACCCGACCUAUAUGGAUCACGGCGCCUCCCCGGCGCCCGUCAGUCACGCUCACACCUACGGCAUAUUCCCCCCGAUGAGCGACUCCAUGUUGGACGGAGACUUCGACCUGGACGACACCAUGGACGUGGCGAGGCACGUGGAGGAGCUCCUGCGGCGGCCCGUCGAGAGCCAGUGGGGCGGCCAACAGUCCUGACCCUUGACCUUUUGACCUGUGACGACACCAAACAAACCCCGCUUCCCAACUUCCCAACCGCAUUGACAUUUCUCAUGGUUUGAUUCCAUUCAUUUCUCUUUAUUUUCCCCUCCUCCUGAUAGCUAUAAUGUGAAAUGUUCAUAAUGGUUGUGAUUUUUAUUUUGUUCUUCUGUUCGGCGUGACGGCAUGUCGGUGACUUCUCUUCGUAGGUGUUUGUAAAACAGACUCGGCGUAAAGCGAAACAUGCAACGUUACAUUAUAGCGAAAAGGAAAGGUAAUGUCCACGGAAGAUUCAGAAGAGAAGAUGCUUUUAACAGUUGAAUGUUUCUUUCUUUGACAUGUUUUCUGCUCUGCAAAUGGGUUCUUAGUAUUUUUGAGCGUCACGUUGCCCUUUGACAAAGAAAAGAAACUUUAAUGAAGAGUUUAGCUUUUGCUCUUGAUGACAUAAGAGUCAUUGCUCUGCAUUGGUUUAUUUUUUCAAUCCAUAUACACUAAAAAGGCCGAGUGACCCUCUGAGCCCGCUGCAACUGACGCUGAAGUGUACGAUGUAUUUGUUCCGAUUGGCUCACCAGCUGAAACCCGGGAGGGGCGGGGCGGUGCGUUCACGCUCUUUCCCCCUCACGCGCUCACCAUGUGCUCUGUUUGUAACACACACACACACACACACACACACACACACACUCGCCCUCUGGUCCCGCUCAUCGAUGCUACCUCUCGUUAUCCUGCUGACGCUCGUCGUUGUCUCUGCACCUCGUGCUUCGUGUGUUACGUCAUGUGACGAACACCGACGGCGGCCAAGAUUACUUUUUAUCGGCGUCCGUCCCCUUUUGGCGACGCAAAAGAAAACAUUUGUCGACUCGAAAAGGUUGAGACGAUCUCCCCCUCCUCUCUCACAAACACACACACACACACAUAAACACACGCACACACAAUGCUAAAGAGAAAGUGUCAACAGCCUUGCACCUCAGGAAUGAAUCGCUUUGCUUCGCUUAUGUACAAGCCAAAUAGAAAAGGAUCAAUGUCGACAGAAUGUAUUUUCUCUAUCAUAAUUCUAUUUUAUUAUCGUUUCGCUGGCUCUCCCCCCCCCCUCCCUUUGCCUGUUUAAGGGUGUUUGUACAAAUGGCCUCCUCGGUCUGAGCAGAUGUUUUUCAAGUCUUGCGUCACCAGAAGUACCAUGCAGUUGAAAAGGGACACCACGCAACUGGAGAGCAGAGAUGAAGAUGUACUUUUGUGUUUGUCAGACAUAUUCAUAUUUAAGAUAUUCCCUCGUCAUUUUCUCCUUCAAACGUUUCUUUUUUUUGUACUUCCGCUAAUUUUGAAGUCCCCGGCUGAUGAGCUGUCUGUGAUGUGUCCUUCAUGACCUCCUCCUCAUGUUCUCAUGUUGUUGUUGUUUUUGAUGAUGAUGAAGAUGAUGAUGAUGGUGGUGGUGGUGUAGAUGGUGCUGUGUGCUGUUAAAUGUGUGUACCAUGUUUGUGGUUUGGGUUUAUCACUUGGGAGGUUUUCCCAGAGAAACGGCUGUCGAGUUGAAAAGAAGAAAAUAAAAGUUUUAUAAAUAA